AUGAGCUCCUUCCGCUUCGCUCGCUCUGCCCUGAGGGCUCGCCCCUCCCUCUUCAGCGCUCCCGUCCAGCGCCGUGGAUAUGCCGAGGCCGUCGCCGACAAGAUCAAGCUGUCCCUGACCCUUCCUCACCAGACUAUCUACCGUUCCACCGGCGUGACCCAGGUCAACAUCCCCGCCGCCUCCGGUGACAUGGGUGUCCUUGCCAACCACGUUCCUUCCAUUGAGCAGCUCAGGCCCGGCCUUGUUGAGAUUGUUGAGGAGGGUGGCGCUACCAAGCAGUACUUCCUCUCUGGUGGCUUUGCCGUGGUUCAGCCCGACUCCCAGCUGAGCAUCAACGCCGUCGAGGGUUACCCCCUGGAGGACUUCAGCGCCGACGCUAUCCGCAACCAGGUCGCCGAGGCCCAGAAGAUUGCCAGCGGCAGCGGCAGCGAGCAGGAUAUUGCUGAGGCUAAGAUUGAGCUGGAGGUUCUGGAGACCCUGCAGGCUCUUGUCAAAUAG